AUGUCUGCGACGCCUCGGAAGCCUGGCUCCCCCGCCAAUGCCAACAGGACCUCCGCCACAGAUUCUACAACGAGUGGCACUCCGCCGCGAGGCCAUAGCCGAUCUCCCACUGCUGCAUCGACGAAUGGCUUGUCCCGGACUCCCUCUCUCAGAGGAUCAGCCCCGGUGUCCGCACGAGCGGCAGCCCGGAAGCCUGGCCGCUCCAAUCUGAGCAUGUCAAGCGUUCCCAAGAUCGCUGCCGACCCGUCGGAAGAAGAAGCGAGGGCUCAAAAUGCGGCACUCAUCGAAGACCUGAAAGAGCAGUUGCAAAAAGCCGAGACUGCUUCCGAGCAGUAUCGCAAACAACUUGGCGUUCUGCAAAUGCGCCUGGACGAGGCCGUUACCGAACAAGCCAAGUUGGAGGACCAAAGCCAUGAAAGGGGUAAUAAGAUUGAAGCGUUGAACGGCGAGAUCCGUGAACAUGUCCGGCAGAUUCGCGAUUUGGAGCAGGCUCAUGAAUUGGAACGGAAUGCCAUGCUACAGGAGAAGGAACAACAGGCCAGCCGCGAGGAAGAGAUGCAGGCCACCAUCCAGCGCCUGAAGGAGGCUGUUGCUCAGAAAGACAUGCGCAUCAGCGCUGAUAAUGAUAAGAAUGUGUCCCGCUCUUCCAGUUUUCGCAACCGAGCUUCUCCGGACAUCGAAGGGCAAUUCGCGCCUUCGUCUCAGAUUGAACGGAGCCCUUCGCGCAACAACUCCAAGUUACUCCUGCAGAAGGAUAAAUUGAUCGAGUCGUUGCGGCUUGAGUUAGCCGAAUCCCAGAUCAAGCUCGUGGAGAUGGAAAACAAAGGCGGCGGCCGCCAACGAGAGUUGGAAAAGGAACUCUUGGAGGCUCGAAUGGCGAAUGCUCGUUUGAUGGAGGAUAAUGAGAGUUACCAGCUACUCCUUAGCGAACGAACUCUCAACGGCGACUUCGCCAAGGGUGACUUCAUGCGAGAAGUUCACCCUGACACUUCGGAUGCGAAGGAAACUGCCGGUGGCUUGGGCUCAUUGGCCGAUGAGCUGGAAUCUGCGGAUGCUCGUCCCGAGUCAGACGACAACCGCAGACUAGAGUCAGAGCUCAAGGCACUCAAGGACCAAAACAAAGCUCUGACAUUGUAUAUUGAGCGAAUCAUCAGUCGGCUCUUGCAACAUGAGGGGUUUGAACAUAUCCUAGAUAAGAACGACAACGACCCGCCAGCUGGUACAAAGCCAGCCGGCAGUGACAAGGACCUUCCGCCAACUCCCCCGGAGAAAGAAGACCAGCAGACCUUCCUGCAGAGAGCCAAGUCUGUUGUUUCUGGCCAGAACACCAACAAGCCUCAGCCUCAGCCACGGUCGCGUCCGACCAGCAUGAUGCCGCCGCCAUCCGCCCCAAGUGCUAUAAACGCCCACGAGAACCCACAAACAGCGCCUAGCAUCCCAAUCAACCGUGCUCAGUCUGUACGAGGCCACCGUAGGACGAGGUCUGAACAGACAACGGAUUUGGGCGCCGCAGUCGUUGUCGGCCAGAUGUACCGCGGACGCAACUCCGGCGGCCCUAUUAGCCCCACCAUGAUGGGACCUGUUUCACGCAACACCUUCACUGGAGCAAACUAUGCACCAGGGGGUAUGUCUGUUAGCAGUCGUGCACCCUCGCUGUCCAGUCAGCCUGAACGCGGCCAUCUAAGCAGCUCAGGUAGUGUGUCAAGUGACCCUCCUAAUGACACCGCGUCGACCGGUGCCACUUCCAACUCUCCUCGGUCGAGCAACGGUAUGACGAACUAUACGGGUGCAGUUAUGACUCAAAGCAAGCUACGGCCGCUACGACUAGUUAGCGAGACUAAGGCUGCUGAGGACGAGGAAGCUGCCCGAAAGAAGGCAAACAGGGGAAGCUGGAUCUCAUGGUUCAACCGUCCAGGUUCGAGCGAGUCCGCCCAGAACUAA